AUGAGAUAUGUGUUCCGACAUGGAGACUAUGACCGUUUUGGAAAAGAGGGCAAAGAUCCACGAUCGCAGCGAUUUUUAGAAGUUUUGCAGCGCUUGAGCAACCUAACGCAGCGGAUCUUCAUCGACCUCGACUUCCCGUUCAGCUGCGAGAUCCGAUCGCGCCCCUACCUCCCAAAUAUGAAGAACUUCAUGUCCAACUAUUUGGACCGUAUCGAGAGAGGGGUCGAAGUCGACUCAAUGCAUAUUCCGAUGAAUGUCAAGCAAUUCGAGCAAAAUCCCACCCGAAAUCGGCUGCAUGCCAUU